GAAUUUGGCACCACCUAUCGUGCACACUAUAUUUGAUCACAAAUUUAUGCAAGUGUUAGAAGUAUGAUCAUAUUUACGAUCGUGAAUAAGCCCAUAAAUAAUUUCUUAAUUUAUGCUGAUAAAGAUUGUCAUUUGACAAAUAUUAACCCUACUAUAAUGAAGAUCCCCUCCAAUUGCAAACCCUUGACGUAAAAAAAAAACUGACAAAUUUACCGUGGUGGUGCUCUACUCACCUAUUAUUCAUGAAUGUAGAUCAUGCAAACACCCACCAACCACAACAUUAAUGUUGAUUGAGUUGCCCACAUUGCUCGGUGCCUUGUUGUAGCCUUCGAUCACGAUUUGGGGCUAUGAAAUCGCAACUAGAAAAAAAAAAUUACAAAAGUUGUCCAAUUUCUAUGAGCAAAAUUGGAAAUAAUGAACAUGCAGCACGGCAGCAAGAGUGGCAGUUUCCCAGAGAGAAAAAAAUAAACCCAGCUGGUCCAGCUCACUUCUUUGUUCUUUUCCAUUGGAAGGUGAAACACAUCAGAACCUCUCUGUUUCUUUCUUCUACCUUUCCUUUUCCUUUCCGAUUUCCCCACUUCUUCUUAUUUUCAUUCCAGGCCCCAUUUCCAGACAGUAAAUAACAGAACAGAGACACCAAUUACCAGUGCAAUCACCCAUCUUUUCCUUACUUACAUUUCACCCCCUACUAUUUACUUUCUGAACCCCUAAACCCUUUUCCCCCUUUCCGCUUUCCCAACUUUCCCCAGUUCCCAUCUCUUCUCUCCAGUACUCUCUCAUCUUUUUCCCAUGAAAAAUCGAACUCUCCCUUCCCUAACGCCUCCGUGAACCUCAACGCCCCCCCUCUUUCCUUUCCUCUCCCAUAUCUUUCCCGCUUCCCUUCUCAAAUGGCUCCCUUCUUCUUCUUCUCCGCCGCCGCCGACCGCUGAUCCCCCCGCCGCCGUCGUCAUCAAUCAAUCACCAUCAUGCUCUCACCGCAGCCGCUGCGCAACGGCGAGACUCCGUCGCCUCACCCCCGGAUCUCCGCCCCUCACUUCCACUCCACCCUGUCCGUACAGAAGCUCCGCCGAUUCAACUCUCUCAUCCUCCUCCUCCGCCUCCUCGCCUUCUGCUUCUCCCUCUCUUCCUCCAUCUUCAUGCUCACCAACUCCAGGGGAUCCGACUCCCCCUCCUGGCGCGACUUCGACGCCUUUAGAUACGUUUUCGCGGCGAAUGCGAUCGUGGCGAUAUACUCGCUCCUGGAAGUGGCGGCGUCGGCCUGGGAAGUUCUCAAGAGCGCGACGAUUUUCCCGGAGGUGCUCCAAGUGUGGUUCGAUUUCGGCCACGAUCAGAUAUUCGCUUACCUCCUGCUGUCGGCGGGCUCGGCGGCGACGGCGCUGGUCAAGACGCUCAAGGAUAGGGACACCUGCCGAUCUUUCAGCGCCUUCUGCCUCCAAUCCGACAUCGCCAUUGCCCUGGGCUUCCUCGGGUUCCUGUUCCUAGGGUUCACCACCUUGCUCUCGGGUUAUCGGGUCGUCUGUUUUGUAAUCAACGGCUCUCGUUUCCAUCUCUAAUAGUUAAUGACAAUAAAAAGGUUCUUAAGAAUAGGAUUCUGAUUUUGAAUUUUUUUUCCUCUCUUUGCUUUUAGUACCAUAUGUGAGUGACUGAUGUUAUGAUGGCAUUCCUCCUUUGGUACAAUAUGAUUCAAAGAGAUAAUGAUUGUGUUCUAUUAUUGAUCAAGCAAAGAUUGUCGUAAUUCAUUCAAUCGACGAGUUCUUCGAUAAAAAAAAUAUAAUUCCACCUAGAUUCAUAAUUCUCCAACUUCUAAUCCUCUCAUAAAUAUUUCUAUUAGACUUUUUUCAAAGAAUCCUUCUCAAUAAGUGGCUAAUAAACACAACACAGACUCAUGGUCCACUAGCAAUGGAAUUUUCUAAUCUGAAUUAUGCUGUUGACUUGUCAGUUGUCACCAAUUACCACUGAUGGCAUAAUCUGUCAUCAAUCCAUCAAAACUAGGGGUUAAGGGAGAUUGGUCAGGCAGCCACUUGAUAAGAAAGAAUUAAUGGGAAGAUCACUUUCUAACCCUUCCCCAGACAAUUACAGACCUGCAGUGACCAUAACCAACCUGGAAAGAGUUCUAUACCGAAGUUCCGGUGACUGCAAUAGUGAUACAUCAACAUCACAGAGAAUGUAUGCAUGUACAGAAGCAAAGAGAUUGUCCUAAAAUGUGAUCUCCCCAAAAAGGAGUAGUGUAUGGUGAAACUGUGAUGUCUUGAAAGAGAAUUCAUAUGAUGCAAUGGAAAGUUAUGAAACUAUUGGUGGUCCUGCAUUGAUUGGGAUAAUGUUAUCUAGUAAAGGGCAGGCAAGAAUGUUAUCUAGGCAGCAAGGGACAACUUUUAAGCUGCUGUAAGAUGUUCUCUUUCUCUAGUAAAGCUUCUUAUCUAAACAGGAUGCAAGUAAAGCCGACAAAUCCAUUCUCAGUUGCUGCCGUCGUAUUUCGGGUCGGCAACGACGUAGUGGUAGGCAAUCACCAGGAGGAAGAUGAAGAUGCCGAGGAAAUUGGCGAAGAAUCCGAGAUCCUGGUCGUCAAACAUCUGCAGAAUCCAACAGCAAAACAUUGCAUUUACCAGAACCAUAACAUCUCAGGUUAACCAUUCAUCAAGCAACAAAAUGUGCAAAGUAGCACAUUCCAGUUUUCCCCACUAAGAAGAGUGGCAAACUAGUGUGGAAAUUGGAAAAGCAUGUAGCCCCCAGUUCAGACCACCCCUUUUCUUAGAGAUAGAUUUAACCCUUUGAUAAAAUUUGCCACCUUGCUAAUGGGCAGCUUUUCAAGAUUCUCAUACAGUAAGAGUAGCUUUGAUUCGCAACCCAUGAAAUCAUAAUAGCAAAUCCCCCCAGAAAGAAGCUGCUGUAAACAAAAACAAGGCACCUGUCUUCUUACCCCAAAAGCUAUGCGAUGACAUAAACUUGACAAUAGAAACAGAAAAGUAGGGCUCAAGUCAACUUUAGCAUUCAAGAAGGUUAAGCUCAAGCAAGAAUGUGAAUUGAAAAACUAAAUAAUAUGUCCCUGUGCAAGGGGGAUCCUUUCUCAAGAAUUCAUUAACAUUUGAUUCCCACCAUUGUUAAGUCUCAUGAGGAACUCCUAUUACUUUGAGCUCAAAUGAAAUUCACUGCCAUAUGAGGUUUCCUGUCUCAUUCGAUUCUACGGGUUUUAGUUUCAUGAUCAUAACAAAGAUUCUCACACGAAGCAAAGAGAUGCCAGAUUUCAGGUAUGGCACUAUCAGGAGAAGAAUAAACCAAGAAACCGAUUCCAACACCAGAUCUCUGAUCUUAGACCCGGACGGCGAUCCGCGAUCGGCCGUCCGUGAAAAACAGAAAUGAGAAAAUUGAGAACUGAACAAAUGUGAAGAAGGAAG